AUGGGCGAAGCGCGAGAUGGGGACCAGAAUUGUUUCCCCGGCGCGUCGUCUUUCUAUUCUGCUCGAUUACUGUGGAAAGUUCUUUCUCAGACCAAAGCCAUUGUCUCGGUGCUGAAAGCUGAGAAAAAUGGAGUGAAGAGGAAGAUUUCUGUUAGGAAGACGAGGACGAGAGAGUGGGUUGAGAAAGGCGGUUAUACGGACCCCGAGAAGAGGAGGAGAAACGUCAAAACGAGUUGUUAUCUCUGCAAGUUCGUCUCAAUCCCCUCUUUCUUUCACUUGGUCUUUUCUAACGAGAAAAGAUUACGCCCCUUAAACGCCUCAAAUUCAACCCUCGAUUUACCAUACUUUUCCCCAGCAAACUAUCCUCCUUACCAAGAAAGCAUCACCUACCUCCCCAUAACUCGUUCUCAACCACCGGCCCUACCUCGAAGAUCGACGUCUCUACCCUAUUACAAGAUCUUGAAGCAACUAAAACGUUUACAAAUCGUCACCGGACCACAUCCCCCACUUCUGGAUUUUCGACUCCGAGACAUGGAAGAGGGAUUAAUCUGGCGGAGCGUUGCUGAAAACAAAGCUAGAGACGAGAUCUGGAAAUUGGCACUGCAAAUUUCCCAUGAGGAAAAUUGCGUGAGGGAAUUACUUCUAGCAAUCGGGAGUUCGCGGGGGCGGGAAAGGCAUUGUUUGCACGCAUUGAGAGAACUUCGAGCACUCCUCGCGCAAGGAAGACGGGUCUGGGAAAUUUCUUUCCUUUCAAUCUAUUUGCUCGCGUAUCUCAAUACCCUUCUUGGAGACAGGAGAGCGGUACGGUGUUGGAUGAGGACGGCGUACCGGGUUUUAAAAGGCGCUUUGAGGGUUUUUGGUGCGGAUGAGGAAGGGAUGAGGUUACCGGAGAUGAUGAUUGAUGUUGUGGGUGCUUUUCGGAGGUUGGAGUUGAGGUGA